CAAACUCGCAUUUCGAGCCUCGACCCGCCAUAUUCGCCGACACUAUUUUAUUUUCCUUUGAUGGCGUCGAUUCAAAACUAUCUCACCUUCACUAUCUUCUUCCUUCUAUUCAUUGUAAAUAUAUUUGUCGCUGCAUUGCACGAAAAACCAACGGGCCAGAUAAACUCUAACUCCGUGUUAGUAGCGCUUCUUGAUUCUCGAUAUACCGAGCUUGCUGAGCUGGUCGAGAAAGCGCUACUAUUGCAAACGUUAGAAGAAGCGGUUGCGGUGCAUAAUGUUACUAUAUUUGCACCUAGAAAUGAAGCUCUGGAACGUGAUCUUGACCCGGGGUUCAAACAGUUUUUACUUGAACCCCGGAAUUUAAGAUCACUCCAGGAGCUUCUGCUUCAUCAUAUUGUGCCUAGUAGAGUUAGUGUCAUACAAUGGCCUAAGGAAAAGACAUCGCAUAAUACGUUAUCUGGCGAUCAAUUACAUCUAUCAAUUUUGGAUUCCGCGAGGUUUGUUGGUUCGGCUGAGGUUGUUCGUGUUGAAGAUGUUGUGCGUAAUGAUGGAAUUAUACAUGGGAUCGGGCGGUUGUUGAUCCCGAAAUCGGUUCAACGGGAUUUUAAUACACGUAGAAGUUUGCGAGCUAUUUCUGCUGUUAAACCGGAAGGGGCUCCAGAAGUGGAUCCCAGGACGAAUAGAUUGAAAAAACCGGCACCCCCUGUUCCUGUUGGUUCACCACCAAUUCUUCCAAUCUAUUCGGCCAUGGCUCCCGGGCCUUCUUUGGCCCCGGCUCCCGCCCCCGGACCUGGUGGCCCACGCCAUCAUUUUGAUGGCGAGAGCCAGGUCAAGGACUUUAUUCAGACCCUUCUACAAUACGGCGGGUAUAAUGAGAUGGCUGACAUUUUGGUAAACUUAACAAAUUUGGCAACGGAAAUGGGGAAAUUGGUAUCACAAGGAUAUGUAUUGACAGUUUUGGCGCCCAAUGACGAAGCUAUGGCAAAGUUGACCACCGAUCAACUGGCCGAGCCUGGGGCGCCAGAAAGGAUCAUGUACUACCAUAUUGUACCAGAGUACCAAACCGAAGAAAGUAUGUACAAUGCAGUUAGAAGAUUUGGUAAAAUUCAAUAUGACACACUUCACGUGCCACACAAGGUUAUGGCUCAAGAAGCCGAUGGAUCAGUAAAAUUCGGGAAUGGAGAAGAAACAGCUUAUUUGUUCGAUCCAGAUAUAUAUACUGAUGGAAGAAUAUCGGUUCAAGGGAUUGAUGGAGUGUUAUUUCCAUCUUCGGUGCAGAGUGCAAAAACGGUUGAUCCUGUUAAGGUCGUGCCCAAAUCGCGCAGAGGAAAGUUGAUGGAGGUAGCAUGUAAUGUGCUUAUGAGCAUUGGGCAAGAUUUAAGGUUCACCACAUGUCAUCACAUUUGAUCAUCCAAAACUGCAUUUGCAAGAAAAGCAGGCCAGUAGCUUAAAGACAAAGAAACCUUCAAGGGGAUAAAAGAAUGUUGUUAGUGGGAAGGAUUCUCAAAAGAUGUGGCUUUUGGAUUGUCAUUAGUGUUGUUUUUGUGUGUAAUGUAAUGUGGUAAAAAGGGGUAAAAAUGUUAAUAUGGUUGGGAGAUACCAAUCAAAUUUUUGGGGUCAGUAAAUAGUUGGAAUAAAGAUAAAGAGGAGGUGUGCAUUGCUGGCAGAACAAAAUGGGAGAUGAAUUGUUCUGUAUGUGUGUGUUUUUUACGUGUGGGUUGGUCAAAGAACAACCUACACCACUUGGUAAUGGGACCAAUCCAAUAAAUAUAACACCCCUCACAAAUUUCUUACAAAAGUUUUUCGUAAUGAAAAGAUAGAUUAAAUUAAA